CCGCGCGCCGGGUGCCCGUGGGGGCUGCUUUGGAGCCGCCGCGGCUGCAGCUGGAGCCCCGCGCUCGCACGCCCGCACGCUUACUGAGAACGGGCGCCUUGGCUCCAGAGUCCCCAGCCAGAUCCGCGAGCGUCGCCCCUCCUGCCUGGAGCUCACCCUCUUCCUCUUGCUCCGCCUGCAGCUGGCUCGGCGCGAGGAGCCGACAGGGCCUCGGGGCUGAAGGUAAAACCCCACGGAAGAAACAUGAGGUUCCCCUGGAAAUCAUUCAAGAGGAAGAUGGAAGGGGCCGUCUAAAAGAGAUCACGCUGCAGACUGCAAGACUGGGGCCAGAAGGCUGGCAGUGGAAAACCCUGCUGGGUUGUGAUCUCUCCCUGAGAAGUCCCAGUUGCCUUUUUGCUUCCUGCCAAAGGAAGGAAGAGAACAAGACCAUGUCCAUAGCCUUGAAGCAGGUGUUCAACAAGGACAAGACCUUCCGGCCGAAGAGGAAGUUCGAACCUGGCACACAGAGGUUCGAGCUCCACAAACGGGCUCAGGCAUCCCUCAACUCAGGCGUGGACCUGAAGGCAGCUGUGCAGCUGCCCAGCGGGGAGGAUCAGAACGACUGGGUGGCUGUGCACGUGGUGGACUUCUUCAAUCGGAUCAACCUCAUCUACGGAACCAUCUGUGAGUUCUGCACUGAGCGGACCUGCCCAGUGAUGUCAGGGGGCCCCAAAUAUGAGUAUCGGUGGCAGGAUGAUCUCAAGUACAAGAAGCCGACUGCACUGCCAGCCCCCCAGUACAUGAACCUUCUUAUGGAUUGGAUCGAGGUCCAGAUCAACAACGAGGACAUAUUUCCAACGUGUGUGGGUGUUCCCUUCCCAAAGAACUUCCUGCAGAUCUGCAAAAAGAUCCUGUGCCGCCUUUUCCGGGUCUUCGUCCACGUCUACAUCCACCACUUCGACCGGGUCAUCGUGAUGGGCGCCGAGGCCCACGUCAACACCUGCUACAAACACUUCUAUUACUUUGUCACAGAGAUGAACCUCAUAGACCGCAAGGAGCUGGAGCCCUUGAAAGAGAUGACGAGCAGGAUGUGUCACUAACACCCCAUCUUACCCUUCGGAAGAGAGAGGAAAGCUGUUUCCUCCUGGAGCCAUGGGCAGGCAGGAGGGAGACCUCCCUGGCUGAAAAGGCGCACCUACUUCCAGGAGCAGGCGAGCUGGAGACCAGCAGCGGCUCCCGAGAGAGAAAUGUUCCCGUUCACUUCGUGUGCCCUUAACCCUCUGAGUGCUGCUAGCCAUGACCUGUGGACCUGGUGGGGAGAGAGGGACACCCCUCCCCCUUCUGGCUCAGAUCACCUGGGAGGAAGGAAGCCUCUGCACUUACGUGACCUGCCACCUAAGCUUUACUGGAAUUCAGGUUUUGAUACUUGUACUUGUCCACUUUCCUGUCUUGUCAGCCAGCUGCCUUUUCUGUAGCAUGUUUUUUAAGUACCCAGUGAAUUUUGGAAUCCUGGAUGCAUAGCCAGUUUUUCUCUAACAAGCCUUCCCGUCCGGUCUCUGCAGGCUCGCGCCCUGAUGCUGUAGUCUUGCUCCGAGCCCUGAGACCCUCCCUGUUUCCCCCAUAACCAGUUUUACCAGGGACCCCUCUGCGGGAUGGCUUGUCGCUGCCCCAAACAGGGUCUGCACACGUUCACUGCAGGGAAGAGACGGAUCGUUAGCCUCAGGCUAAGGAGGUACAAGUUCACCCCAAAGAGAAUGUGUUUUGUUUUGUUUUGUUUUAUCAUCGCACCAUUCCAUGUCUCUUCCCUUCAAGAUUACUUUGUUCCUGUUUCCCUGGAGAGAAAUAAAAGGAAGUUAUAAAUGACCAAGAAGGAUCAGCAGAAGCCUUGAGCCAGAUAAGUGCAGUGUUUGUUUGUGAUGAAAAGGUGUGAUAGCUGUCUCUACACAAUACUGAACUUGCAGUGGAAAAAAAAAGUACAGUGGGAAAUUUGGUUCUUAUAACUCACAUGCCCAGCCCGUUGAUGUGUAAUCUUCCCAACUGGUCCUCUGAACUGGUACAUCCAGCCAAUGUUUUCUUCCUCUUCCUCCUCACUCUCGCCACACAUCUCCCCUGAUGGUACCACGGUUGCCAAGGUAACAGUGGAGCUGAAGCCAACGUCCUCCUUCCGUCCUCCCCAGUGUUUCUCCCCCAGCAGACAGAAUCAUUCUGUGCCACAGCCUGCCUUUUGAAAGCUGAGUGACUUUUAGCUGAAGAAAUGUUGCCUUGUCUGAUUUAUUUGCAAAACUGCGGUGGACCUGAGAGCCUGUGACUAGGGGGUGAUGAUACUUCCAAGGAUCAUUUGAUUUUGACAAAAUAGCCAUUGGUGGAGGGACAUAGAUAAGAAUGUAUUAGUGCAUUUUCAUGUAAUACUGAUUAAAGAAUAAUUCAACAAC